AUGAGUUGGGCCAGUUUACCAGUUCGCACAGCACGUCUUCUCCAGCGAUCGCGGACUCAGACGCCUUCGGACGCAGGCAUCAGCGACGGGAGUGCGUCGCCGGCGCCUGCGCCCGCUUCGCUGCUGCAAGAUGUGGUGGACAUUAAGACACUGCUGCUGCAACUCAAGCGAGUCUUACAGGAGCCCGGGGAGGAGCAUCAUUCGAUGAGUAGCGAAACUCUCGACCCGUUGCUGGCGGCGUGCGCGGAGAGCCCCGCGCGCGGCAACGGGCGCCGCCCCCCCGCCUCGCCGCUGCACCCCGAUGCCUGCGCCGAGAUGCGCCGGCAGAUACUCUACCUGCAAAGUCAGCUGGAGGAGCGCGACCGUCUCGUGCGCGUGUUGCAGCAACAGAUGUUGCGCAUGGCGGAGAGCCACGAGCCGCGUCAGGACGACACCUGCAACGUCGCCACGCAGACUGAACGGUUGCGGCCGCCGAUGAGUUCGGCGCUGACGAGUUCUGACAAUUCCGGAUUAGUGAGUUGGAAUGAACAAGCUGGCGUGAGGAAGCUGCCAUCUUACAGUGAAGCACAAAAGACUAAGAGACCUGUUACCAACGGGGUUGUGAACAAAUGCCAGUGCGGUGUGAGAAAAGUGAACGGUCAGUUUAAUGGGGACGAGAAUUUACAGACAGACAAACGAGAUACAGUGCACCUCAAGACUAACAGUCGUGUUGGGACUCGGUACUUACAAGCACUCGCUAACAAUGACACCAACCGUAGAUACAUCAAGAGAGACUCGUCUGUAGGAGAGAAAACCGACCGGAAAUCUCUUUACACCAACAGAUCUCGUUCUACAGAAAAUUUCCAAAACCAGACAUACACAUAUACAGAACGAACGAUGGCAAAGAACGUCGUCAUAGAAGAGUCUACCCCUCUUAUCAAACACCACACAUCAUACGGCGACCUGUACAACGGCAGGAUCAGCAGCAAAGAGAGCGUCAACCGACACAGCCCAAGCCUCGGACAAUCCACCGACACCGACUAUAGUUCUGACGGGGGCUACAAAUCUCUUCCUUCCUCUAUAAACUGCAACAUUUCGCCCAAAAGGGUCAGCGGUAUACCAAGGAGGUCUAUCGAACAAAAAUUCAUUUCCACUAAAAACGUUAAAACGAGCGCUAUAUGA